AUGGUUCCUGAGGUCGCCGUUAGUAACCCACGCCACUACGAUGACAACAGGGCCCUGAACAACGUCACCAGCUCGAGCUGUUACUCUGUCCCACAUCUUCAAUUUCUUGCCCUUGCCCUGCUUGGAGAGCAUGUCUUUUCGAAUCUCGACCUGGCCCGUUUCUUCUAUCGAAUCCUCACCACCUUGGAAGACGUUUCGAGAACGGCCAUCACCAUUCCCUUCGACCCCUGGAUCCCUUCGCAUUUCGUUUGGGCUUCGGAACACCUUCCAGAUGUUUGUGGACGGAGUACUUUGUGGUCUUCCCUUAGUCCACGCUUAGACUGAUGACCUCCUGAUAACCAGCUCCACCGUCAAAGGACACACAUUGCAUCUUUUGACGACCUUUGAACGCCCUCAACAAUUUGACUUUGUUCUCAACCCGUUCAAGUUUUUCUUCGACGUCCCUUACCUCGAGCUUCUCGGGCACCUGGUCGGCUCCAAUAGCAUUUACCCUCUUCCUUCGAAGGUCGCAGUUAUUCUGAAUUCCCCUCCUACUGCCAAGCAUAAGAUUCAGCGCUUUAUUGACAUGGUGAAUUUCUGCCGCCGCUUCCUCCCGAACUGCUCCGGCGCAAAUUUGCCGCUCAGGAACCCCCUCUCGCGUUCCAAGGUUCCGCUAGAGCUCUCAACAGACGCUCUUGCUGGCUUUGACAAUGUCUAG